AAAACCGUGUGUCACGUGACACCCUGCGGCGCGCUCCGCUGUGCACCUGCAGAGAGCCGAGAAGAAGGAGGAGUGGAGUUUGGAUGCUUCGGUCGAGCUGGACUGCCGCGUUUAACUCGAACUCAGCAUAAGUUCUCGGACCAAGUUUCACUGAGGAAGUCGUGGAAUAUCUAGAACAGGAAUGGAGCUCUCGAUAGGCCGCUUCUGCUGUUUACUGUUGAGCCUCUCUGCAGGUGUGGCCUCUGGUCUGGAGUUUACAUCAACUGAACCGACAUCCAUAGAGAAGGCCAGCGGUCAGAGUGUGAAGCUGGAUUGCCAGUUCCGUCUGGGCCCUGAAGAUUCUGGACCGCUGGAUAUUGAAUGGAGCUUGUUGUCCUCUGACAACCAGAAAGAGGACAAAAUGGUGAUCCUGUACUCCGGUGACCGUGCCUACGAGGACUACUAUCCCCAAAUGAAGGGUCGAGUCCACUUCAACUCAGCCGACCCCAAGAACGGCGACGCCUCCAUCAACCUGACGGGGCUGAAGUCGUCGGACUCGGGCACCUACCAGUGUAAAGUGAAGAAGGCUCCCGGUAUCCGCAGCAGGAAGAUGCUGCUGAUCGUCAUGGUGAAGCCAUCCAAGCCCAGGUGCUUCGCCGAAGGCCCCACACUGGAAGGCAAAGAUAUUGUGCUGAGGUGCAUAUCCAGCGAGGGCACCAACCCCCUGCAAUACAGCUGGGAGAAGACUAGUAACGGCAAGCUGCUGCCCAGCUCCGCUGUGAUGGAUCCAGUGGGAGGCACCAUUAACGUGAGGAACGCAUCUGCAAGCGCAUCUGGCUCCUACCGCUGCAGUGCCAGCAACCGUGUUGGCACUGAGGAAUGCAUACUGUAUCUCAACGUGACACCUCCCCCCAACACUGCAGGCAUCAUCGCAGGAUCCAUAAUUGCUGUACUCCUGAUCCUCAUCAUCAUUGCCAUCAUCCUCUUCUGCUGUUGCCGUGCUCGUCACCGGAAGAAGUAUGAGAAGGAAAUCUGCAAUGAGAUAAGAGAGGAUGUGCCCCCCCCAAAGAGUCGGGUUUCAACGGCGCGCAGCUUCACCGUGGGCAGCCAGCGCUCCUCCCUGGGCUCCAUGUCGCCCUCCAACCUGCAUGAGUACGCCCUGAAGCCCCAGUACGACAAGAUUCCCUCAUCAGAGGAGUACGAGAGGCCUCCGAGCCAGAUCCCUCUGCCCCCGCCCAAUGUUGCCAGGAUGGCCGGCCCCAACCUCAGCCGCAUGGGGGGCAUCCCCGUCAUGAUCCCUGCUCAGAACAGGGACGGCUCAAUCGUCUAGCCUGUCCUCUUCUCUAGAAGGGGCCAUGCAACGAGGGGAAGGAACGGAGGAAGAGAGUAGGACACAAGCCAAUGAAGAUGGAGCAAGAACUGGGAUGGGCUGACUCGCCUGACAUUUAUCUCGUCAAUAUUUACAAAUGGGGGUUUACUCCUCUUAUGAAGACCUGGCUCUGCUGAGGUGCUGAGAAGAGAAAUUGAGUCUAACUUGAAUCAUUACAGAGCACAUUAACUUUUUAUCAAAUACAAAUACAAAAAAAACUUUUACUUCCUGGACUUUCUCACUGAAACAUGAAUUAAUGUGGACAUAAGGCAGAAUGGUCAAUAUACAAAUUAUAUUGUACAUAAGUGAAUGCAUGUUUUUUUUAAAUAUAGAUGGCCCUUGCUGUAGAGAUACUUAAUGUUCAAAACAGAUCCAGGCCCCUGUACCGCUGUAACCAUGCAUGUGUGUAUAGAACUGCAGCUGUAUGUGUGUGAAUAUAAGUGUAUGUUUGUGAAUGGGAGUUUGGGAAAUGUUUAGUUCAUUUAUCUUCCUUUUAAUGGCUACAUAACAGUACGAUCAUUUUGUCAGGCAAUCGUAUUUUCUGACCCAUACAUUUAAUGUUAAACAAGAUUUUAUGACUUGGAAAAAUAGAAAGACAUGCUUUUUAGAUUUGAAUUAAUCCCUGGACUGAGUUGAAAAAUGUGUAUUUAGGUCAGCCGUUUUUUAUUGAACCGUUUGCUAUUUGAAUUGUCCCGUCUGGGUGGGGGGGGCAGAAGUGAACAGGAUUGGCUGAUGCCGAGGGGGAGGUUCAGGCCAGCACAUCUUGUGAUGGGCGGAUUAUUGCCUCUUGAAAGAGCUUAAAAAAACAAUGAAAGACCGCCAACCCUCCUCCACAGAGAUCUUGGAGGAGGUAGAGUAUAGGGAAAUAAGGGAGGCAGCUGGACAGCAGGGUUCAUUGAGCAAUCAGCUUUGAUUGUGUGUGACUGUCAAAAGGCCCCUAACUCCUGCGACCACCACCACAUGUAGCCCCACACACACACAUACACACACACACGCACGCGCACAAAGUCUUAAUUCAUUAUCUGUAGUAUUAGUCCCCCCCAGAUGUCCAGCAUAUGUAAUCCUCAUUUUUUGCCGUCUCAUUACAAGGAGCCAAUAUCUUGAUUGAUCUUGAUUACCCUUCUCUCUGUGGUCAAUGUGAAACCUUUCACGGCUUCUGUAGCGUUAAUUGGACUUUUUAAUGAAGGAUUUGAAGCCUGCCUACAUGAAGAAAGUUCCCACAAAGAGGAACAAAUGAGAAAAGCCUUAGAAUGCUGGCUUUUACUGCUCUGCUUCCACUUUACAACCACUUUGGUCUGCGUUCAUUGUGCAGUCCCAGUGCUGGAUAAUGGAAAUGUUUGUUCAGUCCGUCAGUCGGUGCAAGUUGCCAUAGGUCAUUGCAGUGUGUGGGUUAUUCUACUGUUAAACCAUCCCCAUGUUUCCAUUCUUUGCAAACAUGUUUUGGAAGCACAACAUUUCAUCUUGUUUGCUAUUUAAAAAAAAAAAUCCCAGUAUGAAUACUUGGAGUGGGCAAACUGUUUCUUUUUGCUCCAACGCCUUAUUCUAUUCUUUAUUGCAGCCUUACACACCUCCCCUUAGUUUACCUCUGCACAGCUCUCACAGCUGUAUUCUAAUAACUUCUAUUGUGCCUUGUCGCCCCAGUUGAGUUGUCGGAGCACGUCGGCCUAUGUGCACUGUGCUAUGUGCAGUAGCGUCAUCCCGAAUGGCCAUCAUAGCCCACAGUCUCUAGAACAAUAUAAUAAUCAGCACACAGUAAGCCUAUUGAUUGUUUUCUGUUGCCUCGGUCAGGUCAAGUCUAGGAUUUUUCACACUCAAUCACCGCAUCCGAAUCCCACAUAGCAUAAAGCUUUGAUUUUAUAUUCCAAAACAGGACUUCAUAUUUUUCUUUUUUACUUUAUUUAAGAUUAAGUAAAUUAAUGUGCUUUUUUAAAACUAAAACAUAAAUAACAUGAAUGGUUCUGGCUAUAUGUAUAAAUAUCCUGUUGAAGUUACCCUAUCUAAUCACAACACCGUUGAAUGAUAUAAAGAUGAUGUUUGUAUGUAUAUGUGAUGCUUUGCCGUGCUGUGCUCGGCAAAUCUAUAUCUAAAACAGAAGAGAUGGGUCUGUGUGGGCCUUGACAGUACAGUAUGAAUGCUUCUUAGUAUGAUUGGGAAUUUUUGAGUGAGUGUACUGUUUUGUGUGAAUUCUGGGAUCUAAGGGGAGCUGACAUCUUCGCCCCUGUUCUCCCGGCAGAUCUGAUGUCACACCUGUUUUGUUACCCCGAGGAAAGUGGACCCUGGGCCUGCCUACACAGAGAAAAAUCUGUGUGUUUGUCUGUGUUUUACAUGAAGGAGUUUGGUGUCAGGUUGGGCCCCUGUAGAAUUCUAGUUAGACUUUCACCUGCUGACAAACUGUACAGAGCUCUUAGGGCGACGGUCCUGUUACUGUCCCCCUUUGUGCUCACAAUAUUAACUGUAGCUUUAAACUCAGUGUACUAAUAUUGUAUGAACAUCUCCUUUGAGGUUUGCACACCGUGUGAGAACCAAUUUAUUUCUUUUUGUGUGUAUUUUUUGUGCUGUAUUUUUGAAUAAUAAAAGUCCUUGAAAUUAAGAAAGAAUA